AUGCAGCUGGAGAUACUGCAGCUGAAGCAUCGGGCACUGGAGGACACUACUAAGUUGAUGGAGGUGGUGCCUUGUCCCUGGAGGCCCCGCACAGACAAAGAGAGACAGCUCCUUGAGGCCCAGGCGGAGGCAGUAACCCUAGUGCAGAAGGCGCAGCAGCGCGUGGAGGCCCUCGAAGGAGACAGGCAGCGGCUGGAGGCGCAGCUGGCAGCAGCAGAAGUUGCGUUGAACCGAGCAGCGGAGGCAGCAGCAGCAGCAGCAGCAGCAGAGCAGCAGCAAGCCCUGUCUGCUGCUGCAGCUAGAGAAGCGCAGCUGCGGGAGGAGACAGAAGGGGAGAGACAACGUAGAGCAGCAGCAGAGAGACAGCUAGCAGAUGCAAAGGGACGCGCGGAGACACUUCAGGCGGCCUUAGCUAGCCUGGAGGAGAAGCAUGCUGCCGCUGCUGCUGCUGCUGCUGCUGCAGGAACGCAACUGCAGCAGCAGCAGCAGCAAUCGCAGCAGCAGCAGCAGCAGCAGCAACUGCUGAACCAGCUAGCUGACUCCCAGGCUCAGCUAGCUGCACUGAAGCAGCAUUCUCAGGCCUUAGAGGUUCUUCUUAAGGAGACAGGUAUGAGGGUACAGGAGCUGGAAGGCUUGCAGCAGCAGCAGCAGCAGCAGCAGCGGCAGCAGCAGCAAGAGUUGGUGGAGACCCUGCGGGAAGAAGCAGAGGCCUUGAGGCUGCGGUGUGCUGCUGCUGAGAUGCAAGCGAAAGAGAGACAAAAGGAGACACUUAUAUUUCAGCAGCUGCUGCAAAAGGAGGAGCAGCGUACUGCUGCUCUGCAGGAAGCCCUCUUGAGCCGCCGCCUCAGCAGCAGCAGCAACAGCAGCAGCAACAGCAGCAGCAGCAGCAGCAGCAGCAGCAGCAACAGCAGCAGCACAGGGAUGUCCCCAGUGGGGUCUCCUUCUGGAGGAGACAGCCCAGGCGUAAGGAGAAGGAAGAAUAGUUUUCAAAAGGCCCUCAAGUCUGCAGAUGCGGCUCUAGCCAAGGCUGUGGUCCUCAAAGGCGACGAAGGGGCCCCCAAGAAUGAAGCAAGCGAGAAGAAGGCCCCCCCAAAGAUGCCAGCUUCAGACUCCGCUACCACCCCUGGCCUUGCUGAGGCUGGAGAUAGCGGAACAGAGGGCCCCCGGGGGGCCCCCAAGCCUGCUGCUGCUGCUGCUGCUUCUUCACUGCCGACACCGCAGCAACUUAAAGAACCCCUAAGGGGGGCCCCUCCAUUAGGUGGUGCCUCCCCUGUGCCCUCACUAGUGCCACCAAAGAGGGCCCCAGGAGACAGCAGGGGCCCCCCCGCCUCAUCGAAGCCUUCAGGGGGGCCCCCAGCCGAACUACUAGGGGGGCCCCCCAAAACUAGUACAACGGGGCCCCCCCUUAAGACCCCUCUACAGGGGCCUUCACCUGAUCUCUCCAAGGGGCCCCCAGCAGAUCGCGUGGAGGGGCCCCCCUCAACUGCUUCAGAGGGGAUUGCUUCAACUCCUUCAGGGGAGUGCCCCCCAAAGGGGCCCCUAAAGGGGGCCCCAGCAACCCGUCCCCAGGGCCCUCCAAUGAAAGCCCCAGAGGGGCCCCCAGCAAGAGCUUCGAAGGGGCCCCCAAAGAAGCCUCCAGAAGGACUGCAGGGGGGGCCCCCACCAGAGCCCCCAGAGACUCUCAGUCCGAAACAGAAGCAGGGCCCCCCCAAGAAACCCCCUGAGGGGCCCCCACCCAAACGGUGCGGAGGGCCCCCAGCGGAAUCUGCGCUGUCAGAAGGGCCCCCAAAGGAGACACCCGAAGGGCCCUCGGCGAGCCCCGCUAAGGGGCCCCUACUGAAAGUCUCAGGGGGGCCCCCAGCAACGCAGCCAAAGGAAACCCCAAAGAAGAAGGCCGAGGGGCCCCCAACAAUACCACCUGGGGGCCCCCCAACAAAACCAUCUGGGGGGUCUCCAAAGAAGGCGGCAGAAGGGCCCCCAAAGAAGGCAGCGGGGGGCCCCCCAAAGAAGCCGCCACAGGGGCCCCCAAAGAUUUCAACAGAGGGGCCCCCAGCAAAGCUCUCGGAGGGGCCCCCAGCAAAGCUCUCUGAGGGGCCCCCAGCAAAGCUCUCUGAGGGGCCCCCAGCGAAGUCAUCAGAGGGGCCCCCAACGAGCCCACCAGAUAAACCAGCAGCAAAACUCCAGCAAGGGCCCCCAAAGAAGGGGUCAGAGGGGCCCCCGAAGAAGCCAUUAGGGGGGCCCCCACUUCUUAAGGAGCCCCCAAAGAAGGGGUCAGAGGAGCCCCCAAAGAAGGGGUCCGAAGGGCCCCCAAAGAAGGGGUCAGAAGGGCCUCCAAAGGAGUCAGCAGAGGGGCCCCCAGCAGAUUUCCCUAAGGGCCCCCCAAAGAAGUCAUCGGAGGGGCCUCUAGCAAAGAAGUCAUCAGAGGGGCCCCCAAAAGGGGCCCCAGUACAGAAAGGAGCAGAGGCGCCCCCAGUAAAGAAAGGAGCAGAGGGGCCCCCGAAGGGGCCCCCAGGAAAGAAGGCAGCAGAGGGGCCCCUACAGGGGCUCCCAGCAAAGAAGGCAGCAGAGGGGCCCCCAAAGGGGCCCCCACCAAAGAAGGCAUCAGAGGGGCCCCCAAAGGGGCUCCCAGCAAAGAAGGCAGCAGAGGAGCCAAAGGGGCCCCAAGCGGUGAGUUUUCAACUGCAGCGGCCAUCUCCAGGGGAGGAGACAGUUGGUGAGGAGACAAAAGAGGCUCUUUCAGCGUCAAGCUCUGGGGGGGCCCCUAAGAACAGAGAGGGGCCCCCCAUGAACAGAGAGGGGCCCCCCAGCACCGCGGGGGCCCCUACGCGAGAGAAGGAUCCACUUAAGAAGGCAUUACCCCUCACAGCUGCUGCUGCACCUGCAGCAGCAAAUGCCUCUGGGUUUACAAAUGCAGCGGCCCCUCUUGGUGGCCCCCAGGCCUCAGAGAUUGCAAGGGGGCCCCCUCGCGGGUUUGCUGAGGAGGGCCCUAAGGAGACACAGGGGCCCCUGGUACCCGCUAAAGAAAACAAAGGGGGCCCCCCUUCAAGAGAACAAGGAGAGGCCCCCCAUGCAGAAGGAGACAGAGAUCUGCUGCCAGACGCGCUGCUGCAGCAGAUGGAUCUCUCCCCCGCAGCAGCAGCAACAAAGACAGAAACAGCAGCAGCAGCAACGGAGACAGCAGCAGCAACACACGGGUCUCCUAAGACCCCCAAGCCAUCAACCCCCGGGUCUGCGAGCCGCCUGAGGGACUCCGCUGCUGCUGCUUUCAAGCGGGGGGCUUUAAACACAAGAGCAGUUGCAGCAAAUAGACGUGCAGCAGCAGCAGCCGCAGCAGCAGCCGCAGCAGCAGCAGCAACAGCAGAAGCUGCUGCUGCUGCUGUACCUGCUGCUGCUGAGGCGCGUGCCCCUGCGCCCCCGCUAAGUGCGCAGAGUACAGCUGUCUCUAGGGACAACUUAAAUGGAGACACACAGGUGCCCCCACCUGCUGCACCACUUUCUAAGUCUAGUGGGGGGCCCCCCAGGGGGCCCCCCCUCAAGGGACCCUCCCCAAAGAAAGCGCCUGCAGCAGAUGGGGGGCCCCCCCAGCCCUCCGCUGCUGCGAGCCCCAUACCAGGGCCGCUGCCGCCCGGAGCAGCAGAAAGGUCUUCACCAAAGGGGCCCCCACAAAAGAAACCUGCACCAGAGGGCCCCCCCCCAUCAAAGGGGCCCCCACCAAAGGGACCCCCAGCAGAGGGGCCUCCACCAAAGGGGCCUCCAUCAAAGGGACCAGCAGCAGGGGGCCCCUCAGUGAAGGGGCCCCAAGAAGCAAAAGGGCCUCCACCAAAGGGGCCUCCAUCAAAGGGGCCAGCAACAGGGGGCCCCUUACUGAAGGGGCCCCAAGAAGAAAAAGGGCCUCCACCAAAGGGGCCCCCUGCAGCAGGACCCCUAGCAGAGGGGCCCCCACCAAAGGGGCUUCCAUCAAAGGGGCCUCCACAAAAGAAACCUGAAGCAGAGGGCCCCCCUCCAUCAAAGGGGCCUCCAUCAAAGGGACCCUCAGCAGAGGGGCCUCCACCAAAGGGGCCUCCAUCAAAGCCUCCACGAAAGGAGCCAACAGCAGGGGGGCCCUCACUGAAGGGGCCUCCAGAAGCAAAGGGGCCCCCACCAAAGGGGCCCUCACCAAAGGGGCCCUCACCAAAGGGGCCCCCACCAAAGGGGCCCCCACCAAAAGCGUCCCCAGCAGGAGGGCCCCCAACCAAGGAGCCCCAGCCAAAGGGGCCCCCAGCAGAGAGUCUCCAACCAAUGGGGCCCCCACCAAAGGGGCCCCCACCAAAGGGGCCCCUACCAAAGGGUGCCCCCCUAGGAGAGGGGCCUCCCUCCUCUUCGGAGCAGAGUCCGAGGGGUUCUUCGGGUGAAUGCACUGAGGGCCUUAUCACCACAGUGGCAAUGGGGGGCCCCCUAAAGGGCCCCCCCCAAGGGAAAUCUACUGUCUCUACAAGGCCUUACAUCCCUCGCCUACCGCUAAACAGAACCUUCAGCUAA